UUAAACGGUUAUUUACUCAUAGCUUGAUGUUUAGAAGUAUGGUUUACAAUGAAUGAAUAAAUAAUGACAAAGUACUUACUGAGUGCGGGGUAUUUUCAAAAUAAUAUUCCUAAAAUCUUAGAUGGAAGAAGUGCAAGAAUAUUUUCCCAUAUUUUGUUUUCUUUUUCGUUGUACGUUUAUCUAAACUGUCAAAUACCUGAACAUUGAAUUUGUGGGCACAAGUAACUGAUAUGGGAAAACUAUUCCAGUUUCAAAUGCGUAGUGCCUAAUAAUACAUUUAAAAAUAACUUUGAAUUUCCAACAAGGAAGCAAACAGCAAUUAGAAAUCUCAACUGUUAGGGAAAUACAAUCAAGUUCCUCAGUUACUGAUGCGACCAUGUACCGGUGUAAUCAGAGCACGUUUUAAUAUCUGUGCAACGCAAUGGCUUUUUUAAGACAGUGCGGCACUUUAACGUUUAUCAUAGGCGAGCGUCCUGACGCCGUGUCACCUGGGAGGAUCGCGAGGCGCAUCACGGCUGGCGGACAAACAGCGGGCUCUAAGUGCCACAUGUACGGCUGUCUCAGGCUCCCAGAGAAAACUCUCUCCUGACCAAGGUGGAUUUUUAUUUUUAUUCCUAUUAUUUUUUGCCAUUUUAUCACAGUGUAUCUGUUUAAGUGUAUCUGCCUUCCCGUUUAAGCCGGUCGGGGAUGCUGAUGUAGGGGGAGAUAUCGCUGAUCUCUUAUCUCUCGGCAUCUGUACGGCGGAUGAUUUGCACUUCUCGCCUGGGUGCGAAAUAAAUUUCAGUGCUUCAUUUGUACUAAAGAUAGUGAACGGUCGCUAUGGACUCGGCACCAGAGACCUGUCCGGUCCCAGACCCGACAAUUUUGGAUCCCUCGGCUCCGAACGGACGAUGCCCCCCUCCAGAUCAGCACCCACCCAAAAGAGCAAGUCAGGGCGACCCGUUCAAUUCGGACCAGGACCAUCAGAUGAAAAUCAGCGACGGCGUAGAGGGAGAAGGUCUACUGGAGAGCAGCAUGCGGCUGAAGCCCCAUGAAGCCCAGAGCUACCGGAAGAAGGCGCUCUGGGUGUCCUGGAUCUCCAUCGUGGUGACCAUCAUCCUGGCUAUAUCUAGCUUCACUGUUUCUUUCAUGAGGUACAGCGCCUCCGCGUUUGGAUUCGCUUUCGACGCCACACUGGAUGUGCUGUCUUCCAUCAUCGUGCUCUGGCGCUAUAGCAAUGCCGCUGCCAUACACUCUGCCCAGAGGGAGUACAUGGCCUGUGCAAUCCUGGGCGUCGUCUUCAUCCUGUCCUCCAUAUGCAUUAUGGGAAAAGCCAUUCAUGACCUGUCCACCAAGCUGCUUCCAGAAGUGGGCAGCUUACUCUUCAGCGUGUCCAUCAUGAGCGGGAUGGUGUGCACGGCCCUUGCCGUGGUCAAGUUCAUGCUGGGGAAGGUGCUCACCAGCAGGGCCCUCAUCACAGACGGUUUUAACUCGCUGGUCGGCGGCAUCAUGGGGUUCUCCAUCCUCAUCAGCGCAGAGGUCUUCAAGCAUCACCCCACCGUGUGGUACCUCGACGGGACAACAGGGGUCCUCAUUGGCCUCAUCAUCCUGGCUUAUGGCGUGAAGUUGCUGAUCGAUAUGGUCCCAAGGGUGAGACAGACCAGGAACUACGAGCGCUUUGAGUGACGGAUGAAUUGCCUUCUUUAUGUCACUCCCCAGAAAGACUCAGAGGACCCAUUGAAAGCAGACCUUUAGGUGCCCGUGGUAUUUCAGUUAAAAGCAAGCCAUCCAUUGCUGAAACGUGCCCUCAUCCCCUUCUUGGAUUCUUUUAAGUCCAAACCCAGUAUAUCCCAUAAUAGCCCAAGAGCUCCAAGGAGCUGCAAGGAGGGAGAAAUUAUGCCUUUGCUGUCACCAUUGAACUAAGUGGAGGCUGCCUGGUCCAGUGCCAAAACCUGCUCUUCUGAUCAUGCCCAGCAGGGUGGCGCUACUGUUCAUCAAACAUAUCAAGAAAAAAACUACACUACAUUUCCUUAAACUACACUACAUCUCCUUAAAUUUAAAACUAGAUGUAAUGUUGACACAAAUCCCCACAAUAUCUGCUUAGGUUUCAAAACAAUAUAAUAUAUUUCAAAGUUUCAAGCAGCCUCUUUAAAGGGUGGAUCAUCUACUGCCACCCCCAAAAAGUCUCCCACAUCUUGUACUUAAAAGGUUGACCCCCCUGUGAGACUUGGAGUGGGAUGAGUAGUUGGGCCACCUUAGCGUCCUCCUGUCCGGCACUGGAGAACCAGGGGCCCAGUGCCACGUUCUCUUGGCAGGCCCCAAAGAUAAGUGGGAGGUCAAGGUGGCACUGGCCUUACAACCUGACGAUGAAGGCAGCAUCGCCGCCCUGCUGGUCCUGAUGAUACCCUGACAGCCAUGAGCUAGCAGAGAACCGCAGUGGAGCAUGAUCAUCGCCAAAACAGCAGCACAGGAAAAUCCAAGGCUAAAUCCGUGGUAUUUCUUGGCUGCUGGAGGGGCAGCAUGUCACCUGGGAAAGCCGAGGUGUGGGGAGGAAAAACAGACCACAGGGCCACUUGACAGCUGCCCCUGUAGAGUCUCUCUCUCUCUCUUACCUGUAACGCAGAUGUUAUCUUACAAAGAAGCAUAAUCCUCCCCCCCACCCCCCUACCAGAUGUCCACUCGGUAUCUGACUUGUCUGAAGGGCAAAUUUGGUUUUGGCUCACAGGAUCAAUCAUCAGACUUUCAGGAAAGAUCUUGCUUAAAAAUAAUAAUAGCAACCUGUUUACAUUUUCUGACAGGGCACAAAGGCAUACAAAUCUAAAGACGGAAAUCGAUUUAACAUUUGUUCUAUACUGACUUAAAGACACAGAAUGUUUAACAAUGAAACAAACAAGGAUUUCAAAGUAAAAACCUCCCUUCUUGUGAAUCCUUGUAUUUCUAGAUUUUACAAAUGCCUGAGGGUUUGUAUCCCCUCAAGAUGAUAGGAGCCCAUGUAAUCAGGUUAGCAGUCUGCCUCGAACUCCUAGCACAGGAACCCUAAACAGAGGGACAAUUUUUAAAAAUUUUUAAGCCAUGGGAUGCACUGGUUUUGUGUUGUGCUGUUUCUAAGUGAAAUACCAGCACCUUUUGUAUAUAGUUUAUUAUAUAUUAUCCAAAAAAGACAGAAUGUGCAUUCAUGGGACUCGUCUGUCCUGGCAGAUGUUUGUAAAAAAGAAAAAGAGUACCCCCCCCCCCUCCGCUCCAGACGAAGACUGUAGGACCUCCUCCGGUGAGGCAUCGCUGGCAUUAGCCGUAGAUUUCUAGCUGUGCGUUUAGUUGUGGAUCCCCCCCCCAUGUAGGAUUUCGCCCAGUGGAAUCAGAGUUUGAUUUACCGUCAGCAAACCGCUCAUUUUAAGUUGACAGCUUGCUUUUCAAACCGGCUGAUAGCACACCGGUUCCUCGAACAGGACACCGACAGCACAAGUAUUAACUUUUGUAGCACGUUUACAUCCUGAUCACCUUGCCGUUUGCACCCCCCCGAAGAAGCACAAGAAUGUGGAGUAGGGGGAGAAUAGCACAGCCCUCACAUCCAGGGAGGGGGCUCAGAACAAACAGGCCUUAAGCUGUACUGAUAACAAUCAUAAAUGUGAAACCCUGAAACCAGUUUCAUGGGAUCCACCUCAUUAACAUUCUAAUAUUGGUUAAGUGGCCAUUUGUAUCGUGAGUGUAAGACGAUAGGCGUUUAGGACAUUUGUACACACUGUAACGUGCUGGUACACUGUGCAGGUAGUAACACGACUAAGCAUAGAGUAUUUAUUGUUACCCAGUAUAUUUAAAUAAUUUGACAGUACUAUCGAUGUAUGUACAGAACAUUUUGGAAACAUUUCAGAA